GUUUGCCGGCUGGCCGUUGAUUGGAGAGCUGAGCGGUUUGCGGAGUCGCACUUGUGCACAAACUCUGUCAGACAGUCAUUUUAGUAUGGAAGCGCACGUUUUGGAAACUCUCACGGUACCGAGAUGUCAUGAAAGCUGCCUAGGAACGGGUUUUCGCGCCGCAGAGAUAUGUGCUAAUUUUAUGGGUCUUUGGCUCCUGUUCCAGACUGUUCACCCUGUCUAGUUCAGCCUACGGAGGAGGACGUCAACGCACCAGAGCUGCUGUACACGAACACACUAGAAAAGCUUUUUUUUCACUCCCCAUAAGCAUUAAUUGAGGAGGAAAAAAAGUGGACAACGACGAAACAAAAUACUCCGAGGGUUUAAGUGGUGUCCUCCAGAGGCAUCAACUUCCUUACUCGCUCCAGCUGUGAAAUAUGAGACACCAGGAUGUUUGUCCAUCAGCCGGCCGAUGCCCCAACGUUCAGUCCAUCCUGCGGCUGCUUAACCUGGCACGGAAGGGGCGUGACCGACCUACUGCGCAAGGCGGGGUCCCGGCGCCCCGCCUCUUCCUGCAAGGUCUCGCGUGAGGGCUAACCCCGACAGUACCCGGAUGUACUCUCUCGCAACUACGUCAUUGUUCAUCGCCGGUCGCCCUCGGCACAGCGAUGGAUUGAUAGUGGCACAAUAAAAGCAAACAAAAACAAACAGUUUAUUUAAUCAACACCAAGAGCAGAACUGUUGAGGACAUCUGGUGCCAACUACAGAUACCAGCUGUAGACUACGUAUAUAGAAACCAUUAGGAUCUGCAUCGUGGAUGUUUCAAACCAUUUUGAGUCACACAUAAUGACCUCGGUAGGAAGGCCUGGGGUACGCAUGACAUCCACACAGAAGCCAGCAUGAGGAUAUAGAUUCUGGGAACCUUUUUCCUUGGCAUCUUUGCAGAGACCCCAGCAGGAGGGCCUGAAUCCCGGGAUCUCAUGGCAUCCUUAGCAUCAUCACCAAACUCAGUAGAAAUGAAAAAUGACGAUCAUUGACAAAGCGGAUGAGACUGCCGACUCAGAGUCUGACCAGUCUCAGCACGGCCGUUAUUGUCAGUUUUACCAAAACGGGCUGUCAGGCCCACAGACUCCCUGUCCCCCUGCCUCUGGAGCAAUGACUUCAAUGUCUGUGAGCUGGGAAACUGCAUCAUCUGCUUCAGAAGUUCCCACUUGCAGACCUACAUCUGCUGGACCAAUUCCUGGAGCCGCUGUGUACUCAAGCAUCCAUAAGGAUCAAGGUCUGGACAAUGGGGAUGGAAUCAGUUCUCCCAAACUAGUUCUCUACCCUCCUGAGAAGGUGGUCUUGAAAUGGAAGCAGGUACACCGAGUGGGAGCAGGCCUCGACAACAUUGGCAAUACCUGUUUCCUAAAUGCAGCCCUGCAGUGUCUUGCUUAUACAGCCCCUCUUACGAACUACUUGUUGUCAAGGGAGCAUUCUAGGACAUGUCAUGAAUCUGGAAUCUGCAUGAUGUGCAGGAUGCAGAAACACACAGUCGAGAUCUUUGCUAACUCCGGUAACGUUGUUAAUCCCCAGGACAUUGUUGACGAUUUAAAACGUAUUACAAAACAUUUUCACUUUGGUGCUCAAGAAGAUGCUCAUGAAUUUCUCCGCUAUAUUGUGGAUGCAAUGCAAAAAAAUUGUUUGCCCUCAAUAGAAUUGGAUAGACAUUCUGAAACAACAACAAUAAUUCAUCAAAUAUUUGGAGGAUACUUACGCUCAAGGGUUAAAUGCAUGAAUUGCAAAGCAGUGUCAGAUACAUUUGAGCCUUACCUGGACAUUGCCCUGGAGCUUAAGUCUGCUCAGAGUAUAAUGAAAGCCUUUGAAGAGUUUGUCUAUCCUGAACAGCUUGAUGGAGACAAUGCUUACAAGUGCUCCAGGUGUAAGAAGAUGGUAGCAGCCUCCAAGAGGCUCUCAAUCCACAGAGGUGCAAAUGUCUUGACCAUCGCUUUGAAGCGCUAUGGUGGAGGAGCUGGUGGGAAGCUGGGAAAGGAUGUUCGAUAUCCUGAGCUGUUGGAUAUUCGGCCAUAUAUGUCUCAGAGUGUGGGAGAGCACUUGCUGUAUGACUUGUAUGCUGUGUUGGUCCACGCAGGAACAAACUGCAACAAUGGACACUAUUUGAGUUAUGUUAAGUCUUGUAAUAACCAGUGGUACUGCAUGAAUGAUGACAUUGUGACAGCUAGUGACGUCCGAACAGUGCUCAACCAACAAGCUUACAUACUUUUUUAUGUCAGGUCAUUGGAUACGAAGAAAGAGCGUAUUAUCCAUUCAACACGCCAACCUGGGCAGGCAGUCUCGUGCCCAGUGGUCAGCCAGAGACUGGAUCGAAGCAAACAGUCAUCAACAGGUUUUAUUGGACCUCAGCUGCCACCACACAUGGCUAAGAAUUCCAUGUACCUAAACGGAAGCAGCUCUCUCAAGGAAGUCCCCUGCGGUUCCAAAGCCAGCACUAGUAGCACCAGGAUAAACCGACUGACCUCUGGCUUACCCUCUUCCUCCUUCCAGAACUGUCAAUUGAACAAAGCAGUCAGCAUCCCGACACCGAAAAAACCAAAGCUGACAUCCCACAUGGGCCAAACAAAGCCGAUGCAACCAGCUUCAUCCCACCUCAACUUUCAUAACAGCCCACUGGACAACUUGUACCGACCUGGUCCUUCCUCUGUCAACCAGUCUCCGUUCGCCUCUGCAAAGUCUACCUCAAAAGCUACAUGCACUGUGACACGGGUCAGGGACAUGUCUGACAACAACAACAACCUUGUAGUGAACGGCUCUCGCAAGCGCAAGGCCAACUGCCUGGUCCCGUAUAUGGAGGACUCCUCCGAUUCUGAUGAGGAUCCCAGCUCACGCAUGGAGAACGGAACUCCAAAUGGAAACGCAGGAGCCACCUUGCCACCCUCAAAUGCUGCUUGUCCGUCUUUGAACUCUGAAAACGCCUGUUCUGGAAUCCCGUUCUGUAAGGGUCAACUGAACGGUUCUGCCAUGCUGGACGGCGAACGCAAGGCUGAGGCUGCCAGCUGCACAGUCGUCUCUGCAAGUCACACACAGAAUGGCAUACAAGAAGCGAAUGGCCUCGGCCACCUUGAUGAGUUGCCUCCAGCCUGCAAGGGAAUAGCAGACUCCAUUGAGGACAUCACAGGCAGCGUGCUUAACCACGGAUGCAGCAUGGAAGACUCCAAACCCAGUCUCCAAGCCCCAGGAUCUUCCUCAGAAGCAGAGGCUGCAAACUCGACGGUUGAGAACAAGAUGAUUCAGAAUCCGGAAAAUUAUUCGGCCGAGAGUUUCUGCAAACUCGGUGUAGAAGCUGCAGGAGACAAAAGCUCAGUGGCAGGCGAACAAAUGGGCAUGAAUGGUUCUUCUAAUAACAGCUGCUCCCCAGGCAACACUUUAUAUGUUAAUCAAGUUGAAAACACACAAGCCCCCCAGAGACAGUGUGAAAAGCUGCCUCUGUGGCAAUCUGAGAGCCCUGGGCUGGCUAGCCAUCCCGAAAAAUGUCACAACGGUGAUGUUCAACUGAACAGGAAUGACUCUGUGUCACUCGUUCAUUUACAAGUGGACCCGGGUGCUAAUGGUGACAAGGUAGGCCAACACAAAAAGCUAAACCAUGUCAUCCAUAGUGGCAUCGACUGCACCGGUGAUCACUUGCCGAUUGGCCGUGCUGCAAUCGAUGCUUCAACGGGGAGCAAGGCGUCUUUUGGAACGGAGAUGCAAAGUAAAGAGAGUAUGUACUCGGUGGCUUUCUCCAUGGAAAACAAAGGCCAGUCGCCAUGUAAUAUGGGCAGGCCUUCAUGCAAGCAGAUGGACAAAUGUGACCUGUCAAGGCUUCAGGAUGCCCACAUGGCAGAUCGCAGCAAAGUUGGAGUGAUGAACGGCAAGAGCCCUUGUCAGACGCCAGUAGCAACCUUAUUCUCCAAGGACAGGUUUGUCCAAGAAAGAAGCCGGAGAAGCCGUGACAGGUCGAGGAGCAUUGGAAGGAGCCGACUGUCAGAAAGAGACUGCUACCCUGUGUGGAGAGAUCGCCACCGAGAAGGGGAUCGUGACUGGAGGUGGGACAAGUACGGCUAUCGUGACAGGGAGGCCUACCACUGGCCCAGAGGCCACUACCAUCACAACUCUUACAGAGACUGGCCUCCGAGAGAGACUUACUACUACAAGCCACGGUGGAACGAGGAAGGCCGUAGGAAGGACAACGGUUACAAUGACUACGUGAGGCCAGGAGGUCACCACCACAACACGUACCACCAUUACAGUCGUAGCCGGCAGGACUCCUGUCGGUCACCUCCGCACACCCCCUUCAACUCUGAGCGCUUUCAGGACAGACACGCUUAUGUUUUCGGCAACAGGAGUUCAGAGCACGGCAGGGAGUGGUCAAAGCAUAGCCGGGAACGGCCGGAGAACAGCCAUCUCGGGCACCGGCGGCGGCACGACAGCAGCGACAGCAGCAGUGACAGCAGCAGGGACAACUUGGAGGGCAGAGGUGAACGGCGGAGUGGCUCCCCAGAAGAAAGGCGACUCAAGAAACACAAGAAGUCAAAGAAAAAGAAGAAAUCAAAAGAUAAGCAAAGGAGUCGAGAGCACCGGUAGGUCUGAAAGGGGGGGACCCCACCCUGCGGACCUGGCGGGCGCUUUGAGUCCUGGCCUGGCAGGAGAAGGUGGUUUUUUUUUUUUUGUUCUUUAGAUGGUGUACGUUUUUAUAACUGUAACAAAACUCUCCGAAAAAGAGAGAGAGAGAGAAAAAAACACCACUAGAAUGCAAUUCUGUAACAUUACAUAGAGGUUGAAAUAACUGUGAUUUCACCUGGAAAGGGUUAAACCUGAAAAAUGUGAUUUUAUAUAAGCAAAUUAAUGUUUCACAAUAACACUGAAAAUGUACAUUUUUAUCAGGCUGGAUAGAGAGCCUUGUGAAGUGUUUUAUACAAUGUAAAAAUACAAACCAGAGAAACUUUGUUUUAUUUAA